AUGUAUCCCAGCUACAUCAACAAUUCGUAUCCCAGCUACAUCAACAAUUCGUAUCCCAGCUACAUCAACAAUUCGUAUCCCAGCUACAUCAACAAUUCGUAUCCCAGCAACAUCAGCAGUUCAUAUCCCAGCUACAUCAACAAUUUGUAUCCCAGCCACAUCAACAAUUCGUAUCCCAGCUGCAUCAACAAUUCGUAUCCCAGCUACAUCAGCAGUUCAUAUCCCAGCUACAUCAACAAUUCGUUUCCCAGCUACAUCCACAAUUCGCAUCCCAGUCACAUCAACAAUUCGUAUCCCAGCUACAUCCACAAUUCGCAUCCCAGUCACAUGAACAGUUCAUAUCCCAGUCACAUCAACAAUUCGUAUCCCAGCUACAUCAACAGUUCAUAUCCCAGCUACAUCAACAAUUCGUAUCCCAGUCACAUCAACAAUUCGUAUCCCAGCUGCAUCAACAAUUCGUAUCCCAGCUACAUCAGCAGUUCAUAUCCCAGCUACAUCAACAAUUCGUUUCCCAGCUACAUCAACAAUUCGUAUCCCAGUCACAUCAACAAUUCGUAUCCCAGCUACAUCCACAAUUCGCAUCCCAGUCAAAUCAACAAUUCGUAUCCCAGUCACAUCAACAAUUCGUAUCCCAGCUACAUCAACAAUUCGUAUCCCAGUCACAUCAACAAUUCGUAUCCCAGUUACAUCAACAAUUCGUAUCCCAGCUACAUCCACAAUUCGUAUCCCAGUUACAUCAACAUCUCGUUAAAUUAUUUGGUCGGAGCCUUUCAGGCAACCCGAGUAUUUUUUUUCCUUUAG